CCCCCCGAGCGCGCGGCCCCGUCCCGGUCCUUGAGCGCGGCGGCAGUAUGGCGCUGGAGGCGAUCCGCUACUCCCGGGGCUCGCUGCAGAUCCUCGACCAGCUGCUGCUGCCCCAGCGCAGCUGCUACGAGGCGGUGGGCUCGGUGCGCCAGGCCUGGGAGGAUAUCCGCGCCAUGAAGGUGCGCGGCGCCCCCGCCAUCGCGCUCGUGGGCUGCCUCAGCCUCGCCGUGGAGCUGCAGGCCGGCGCGGGGGGCCCGGGGCUCGACGCGCUCGUGGCCUUCGUGCGCGAGGCGCUGAGCUUCCUGGUCACCGCCCGGCCCACCGCCGUCAACAUGGCCCGCGUCGCCCGCCAGCUGGCCGACGCCGCCGCCCGGGAGGCCGAGCGGGAGGGCGCCACGGAGGAGACGGUCCGGGAGAGAGUGAUCCGCUGUGCCGAGGACAUGCUGGAGAAAGACCUCAGGGACAAUCGCAGCAUCGGGGACCUCGGAGCCCAACACCUCCUGGAAAAGGCAGCCCCCGGGGGCGGCAAGGUGACUGUGCUGACCCAUUGUAACACUGGGGCGCUGGCCACCUCUGGCUAUGGCACAGCCCUAGGUGUCAUCCGCUCGCUGCACCGCCUGGGCCGCCUGGAGCGUGCCCUCUGCACGGAGACGCGGCCCUACAACCAGGGCGCGCGGCUGACGGCCUUCGAGCUGGUCUACGAGCAGAUCCCCGCCACACUCAUCGCCGACAGCGCGGCAGCCGCAGCCAUGGCCCAGCGCGGCGUGUCCGCCGUUGUCGUGGGAGCUGACCGCGUGGUUGCCAAUGGCGACACGGCCAACAAGGUGGGCACCUACCAGCUGGCCAUUGCCGCCAAGCACCACGGCAUCCCCUUCUACGUGGCCGCCCCCAGCUCCUCGUGUGACCUCUGUCUGGAGACGGGCCGGGAGAUUGUCAUCGAGGAGCGCCCCGGCCAGGAGCUGACAGACGUCAGCGGGGUCAGGGUCGCGGCGCCCGGGAUUGAGGUCUGGAAUCCUGCCUUCGAUGUCACCCCCCAUGACCUCAUCACCGGCGGCAUCAUCACGGAGAUGGGCGUCUUUGCCCCCGAGGAGCUCCGGGCAGCCCUGAAUGCCACCGCCUCCUGAGUGGGGCACCCUAGAUGGAGCCCAGAAGUCACCGGCCGGGCUCUGCAUACUCUGCCCCGAUCCUCCUAGAUUUUAUACUAAACUUAUUGAAUGGCCUGCCCAAAGCUGACCUCCUUCCCUCAGCCACACUUCCUCCUAGAGCGGGGAGAGCAGACAGGGCCUUUGCACGGCCCUUAAGAGCCCAGCGGCUGGAGCCAGGCUGCCCGAGUUCGCCUCCCAGCUCUGCCACGUUUUCUGCUGUGUGAUCAUGGCCAAGUCACUUCACCUCUCCACGCUGUGGUUUCCUCACAAAUGGGGAUCUUACUAGUUCCACCCUGUUAGGGUGCUGGCAGGGCUGGGACUCUGCAGGGGUGCCCAAAAGGUCGGUAAUCAAGAUAAGUAAUAGUUUCAUGCAAUAUUUUUUAAAAAUCAAAAUUCCCGCAAAAACAACCUGUGAUAAACAAAAUAGCAAGAUUUUAAAUAGAAUGGAACCCUGACCUUAGACACCUUGAAGGUACUGACCUCACCUCUGUUACUGGCCCUCGUUCCAAUAAAACUUUAUUCACAACAUCAGGCAGCUGGGCAGCAGGCUGUAGUUUGGUGAUUUGAUUUUUUUAAUAAAAUAUUAUUUUUAA